UAAAUAUCCCUAACAGGAAAAGAGUUAAAAAAGUUUGUAAAUAAAUUUUAACAAUUAAUGAACAAUUACAAGUGUCGCUAUGACUCUGCUAAAAAAUACAGUGCUUUUACUUAAGUCCGAUACGAUGGACGACAAAUAUACGAAUUUAUUGAAAGCCACUAAUUUUAAGGUUAUGAUUGUCAAAACAUUAGUGUUUCAAUACAAAAAUCUGGAAAUGUUGCGGGAAAAACUGUUAAGUGUUGAUAAUUACAGUGGUAUUCUGUUGUCAAGUCCUCGUUGUGUUAGCGCAGUAAACCAGACUUUGGAGAAAAAGCAAAUACAAGAAUUGUGGGGUCACAAAUCAAACUUUACAGUAGGUGAAAGUACCUAUAAAGAGGCUCAAGACAAGUUGGGGGUAGAGUGCCAGGGGAAGGAAAGUGGCAAUGCUAAGAAUUUGUCACAAAUUAUCAUUCAAAAUAAGACACAAUUCACUAAGCCUUUUCUCUUUCCUCAUGGUAAUUUAAAGACUGAUACUCUUAAAUUAGAAUUAGGGAAAGAAAAUGUGCUAAUUGAAGAAGUUCUUGUCUAUGAUACGCUUCCAAAUCCUGAUAUUGGUCAAGAAUUAUCGGAAUGUACAAAUAAUUUUACAGAUAUUCCAGAAUUUAUAAUAUAUUUUAGUCCUUCAGGCUUGCAUAGUAGUAUCAAAUAUUUACGUAAACUGCUUACUGACUGUGAUGAUGUAAAGAUUAUUGCAAUAGGACCUGUAACUGAGUUAGCCCUCCAGGACCAAAACCUCAAAGUCCAUGCCGUAGCCAAAAGCCCCACGCCUGAAGAAAUACUAAACACCCUCACGUGAUAAAAAUUUAUUCAUUUAUAAUUAUCACAGCUGAUAAAAAAUUAUGAAACUAAACAAGAGCAAAUCUAAUUUUUACAAUAAAAAACCUCACAUGAAAAUAAAUUUGCAACUAAGAUGUAAUCCUAUAAUACAAAACUUGUCAUUUUAGACACAAUAAAUAACAAACACUUUGGUAUACCUAAAAA